GUAAGCAUGGUAAACAUUGAAAAUUUUCUGUUCAAAUCAUGUCCAUGCCUCUUUUGAAGCUUUUGUACUUGCUCAAUAUUUUUUCAUCUCAAAAUAUUACAAAAUUACACAAUCCAUACACAAUUAUAAGAAACCCAAUAUAUUGAGCCCCUCCCCUUGUGUCACUUCCACAUCUUAGGGCAGCCCAUUUUCUUCAUUUGCUCAAUCCACAGCCUUAUGUAGCUGUCAAUGUUUAUUCAUAAUCUUCUGAUAAUCUAUUACCUUUAAGGACUUGCAGGUAAAAAAAAAUCCUCAAAAGAGAGUUUCUGAAGAAGUGAAUGAAUUUGUAAUCAACUCGGCUACUAACUGGAGUUGUUAACCAUAAUCAAGAAUUAAAAAAACUGGCUAAGGUGACGACAAUGCCGGACACGGGUACUACAGAAGACGUUCCAAGUUCAACUCUGAUGACAACUAAUGACUCUUCUUCAGACAACCAACCAUAUCCGUCCGUGGACAAUUUCUUUGAUCCACUCCCCUGUUACUCCUUGUAUUGCAUCUUUGAACAACGAUACAGACAAGAAAACUAUAACAUUCUGAUGUGUAUAGCCAUUAUGCUGGGGAUUUUGGGAAGUAUGGGCCUGAUGGGAAACAGUCUUGUUCUGACUGUCCUCCUGAGAGCCAAAAUAAAGCCGACGUCAGUUUACUUCAUGUUGAUGUUGUCCAUCCUUGACUUAAUGGCCUGUGUGGUAGUCAUUCCAGGAAUAGUCAUCACCGAGUGGCACUUCCCUUUCACCAACGACUUCCUGUGCAAACUAUGGGAGGCGAUUCGUUACUUCACUAUUCCUACAUCAGCCAUGGUUUUAGUUGCCAUUGCACUUGAAAGGUGUGUUAUCAUAUGUUUUGCACCCAAACGUGUUUCAAAGAAAAUGUGUUUCCUGAUUAUUUCAAUGAUCUUGCUCUUUGGUGCGUGUCUUGGGGUUCUUCCAGCACUGGGGAUGGGCGUUUACUCCAGCAAUGGAUUCUAUAUGGGCUAUUGCAUUCCCAACUACCAACACAUCUCACUGGACUCUCUCACUAAAUACUGGCGAGGAAUCACUUCCAUCUUCAUCAUUAUGAUCAUCAGCAUAAUCAUUUUCUAUUCUUCUAUCUUUUUCACCGUUUUCAUGCAGAACAGAAAAUGGAACAAAAUUCGAUCUCAGCAACCAUCCACAUGUAAAAAUAAAGAGAUAAAUAAGGAACCCCGAAGAUGUUCUGCUGCUCCUGAUGUGAUGUUUGCAACUAGGGCAAGUGAAAAACUGCUUGAAAUUCCACAAAAUAUACUGUGUGAGACCACUACACCAAUAGAAAACUUCGAAUAUCCGUCAGAAAGUAACCAAAACACUCUGAUUGUGAAUAUUGAAGAAGAUUUCAAAAAUCCGUCUGAAUCAACUUCUAAAAACCAAACUGCUGAUAAACCCCCCAUCACAGGUGAUGACAGAAAAACGGAAAUUCAAUCAAAUUCAAAAUUACCAAUUCCACACAAUUCCAAAAAUACAACUCCAAUUCAAGCAAAAAGAAAAUGUCCUCCAAUAAAAUCCUCCAGGAAAAUUCACAUAAAGACUACCCAGGUUCUGUUCACCGUGACGAUGGUAUAUAUUGUCUCCUUUCUGCCUACAUUUCUUAUUGCCAAUGACCUUCUCCCAGAGUUCAGAGGUCGCAGGGUUAUUUAUCUGAUAUACUUUUUAAACAAUACAGCAAAUCCAAUAAUCUACUCAUUUAUGAAUCCUCAGUUUCGUAAAGAAGUGUGGAAAUUUCUCAAAUGCAAGUCUAGAUAACUUAGAUGUGUCAAAUAUUGUUGUAGAAGAACUUUGCAAAUAUAUCCUUGUGUAUUCAAUAAAAGUGAGAAGCUAA